AGGAGGGAGGAUUGAUCCGCGUCUGUUAAAAUCUUGUUCUGGUUUUUCUUGGAGUGAGGUCUGUGCCUGCCGACGCACCUCUCAUGUGCAGCCCCCCUCAAGAAGAGCUUUUUAUGGAAGGAAACCUUGACAUUUUUGAGAGGAAGAAGGAUCUGCAUAAUACCAGUGAAGUGGAUAAAACCGCACGGCUGGGUUCUCUCUUGCAUUUUCUCCUCUGGUGUCUGAUUGAAACAGGGAGGGAAAUAUAAGGGGAAGAGGGACGAUGCAGGUUCGGGACUGAGAGUCGAUCUGAUUUGGUGUAAACACGUUUCCAGUGCGCACGUUUUAACUUUUAUUUCUUCAGAAACUGGUGAGCUCGACUCCUCUCCUCUUGCACCGCGGAGUUGGCUUUUCUCGGAAAGAAGAGACUUUCGUGUUUUCCCCCUACAGAGAAACGCUUAAACUUUCUACCUUUAAAAAAAUAAAUAAAAAGGUCGGAUUGCAUUUUCCCCCUUCAAACAUUUUGGAGGUGAUGUCAUCGUGCUGUGUUUGGGCUGGUAUUGUGUCGAGAGGGCGCAGAGAGGACUUCUGCAGCCAAGCGGUAACCAGCGGCUGAGGCAAGCGGGGAAGUCCGCAAAAUCAGGUGCAAAGUGCGGCUGUCAUUUCCUCGCCGUGUCGCGGGUCCGCCACCCAGUCACAGCUGUUCCCAUCCUCUACAGCCACCCCUCCCUCCCUCGCUCGUCCUUUUCCCCCCUGUAUUAUCCCUCCCAUUUUCAUUCAGAUCUUCCCAUACCCCUCUGAGCUGGACCGCUCUGGGACGUUAUCACCUUCUCUGUCGGACACUGUUGUUCGGUGUCACCUGAGCCACAGACCCGUUGAGCCAGCGUGGGGGCGCAGUCAUGACCGAGGCCCUGCAUUACCCUGCGCCCGCAGAGCCCCCGUUUUCAGUUCACGGUUUGCUCCAUCAGCCAUCCCAGGUAGCCCACCUCCAACAGCUCCUGACCCUGCUCUGCUGGUACUAAACCUGCCUGCUACUCCUGUCGGUGCCGGAACAAACACUCUACCAAUUUUUGUAUCACCUCACCGGCUCCAUAAUUAAUUUUGGUGACCAGAAGCCUGCUCUUGCGCUGAAACAUUACGCAUUGGAUUACGCACGCACUGCAUCUUCCUCACAGGGCUGAGCAUCCCCCUGAGGGGCAACAAGGUCGAUUGGAAUUGGUUAUCUGUGACGCGCGAGCGCGCUUUCACCUGUUCCUCUCCUUGUCGGGGACGCGCAGCCUUUUAAGCCCUAACCUCCCCCCUUUUCUUCCCCGCCCAUCCGUCUCUCCGCCACUCUGGACAGCUGUUAGAGGUUGCCCGGCGGUCACAGUGGCACAGUUACCCCGGCCUCAUACCCCACAUUGCCCGCGCCCGCACAUUUACGCACGCCGGGAGAACCGGGGCACGCCGCCGCCGAUGCCAACGGGAGUGUCCGCUGACUCUUUGACUCUGCACAACAUCGAGCGGAUUCACAACACAGGAGGAAACUCUCUGGACUGUCGGACUGGCUUAGACCGAGCGAGGAGACUGUCUCUGGGACAAGUUCCAUAGUGGAGGGGGGAAGCAAUGUGGUCCCUUCUUUCCACGCUGACCGUCUUAUGUAUCCAGAUGUUGCUGGUGAUGUGCAAUCCAUUACAGCAGGUACUCGGUGUGGAUGGGGUCAACUUCAGCGUGCACGUGGAGAACCAAACACAGGUGCGAGACACCAUGAGUCGGCGACACCACCGGGUCUACCAACUCUACAGCCGCACCAGCGGCAAACACGUCCAGGUGCUGGGACGCAGAAUCAGCGCUCGAGGAGAAGAUGGAGACAAAUUUGCCCAGCUCGUAGUGGAGGCUGAUACCUUUGGUAGCCAGGUGAGAAUCCGGGGCAAAGAAACCAAUUUCUACCUGUGCAUGAACCGCCGCGGAAAGCUGGUAGGAAAGAAGGCCAGUAAUCGAAGCGAGGACUGCGUCUUUGUGGAAAAGGUUCUGGAAAACCACUACACAGCUCUGAUGUCAGCGCGCUACACAGGCUGGUAUGUGGGCUUCACUAAAAGAGGCCGUCCUCGCCGUGGCCCCCACACACUCCCGAACCAGCAGGACGUACACUUCAUGAAGCGCUUCCCGCCUGGUGAGCAGCCCGACCUCACCACCCCCUUUCGCUUCACCACCAUCAGCAAGCGGGGCAAGCGGGUGCGUGCUACCGGGCCCCGCUAGUAGUGGCUAACACGAGCACCCACUGUCUUUUCAUCCAAAGCCUUGACCUGAGCCUGCCAAUAGCUAACCUAGUCAUCUCCUCUGUCACACACGACUGAACACCUCUCUUUGUUGGGACAAACAUUGACCAGAAACUUGAUGAAUCAUUCAUGGGGUUUAGCUUUACACCUACUAAUUUGCCACUACAGCCCACUAGUUAGUGAUCAUUCCUCUUAGUUUUAGUUCCCUUACUGGACCAACUGGACCAUUACUGGUCCAUCGCUGGAAGCUCUAUGGACCUGGUCUGCUUCCCUUCAAAGGCCAGAAAUACUGAAGCUGAAGGGCAGCCAGAGUCCCAGACUCUACGAAGGCCUUUAUUCCAAUACCACAAAAACCACAAGGCCUUCGUGUCUCCUGUUCUGGACCAGCUGGACAAUGUCAUGUAUGGGAUUACAACUGGGCCAUACAGAGAGAGAGAACAAGGGGUGGGAAAGACUGACUGAACAAGAGAGUGGGUGCUUAGCCUUCGGAUAAAGGGAAAACAGGAAGGAGAGGACAGGAAAACGGCAGAGUGGACAAAGGGAUAGAGCGAUCUGCACAGAUCAAAUGGACCAAUAAUGGACUGCUGACAUGUGACGCACUUAUUUGUCUCACUGCUAAAUUGGUGUGAACCUGUGAGACUGCUGACAAAAGGAUGAAUGAGGGAACGAUCGAGUGAGUGACUUACUGAAUAAACGCAUGUUUGUAAGAACGAGAAGACAAGGAAAUGUAUGUAAAAGUGUGUGUGUUUGUUUGUGUGCGUGAGUGAGUGAGUGCACCAACAACCAUGAGUGAAGCUGGAUCACGAGGGACUCUGGAAAGGGACCAUCCAGUCCCUGCAUGAACCCGUGACAACUCACCGCGGGGACUGAAGCUUUAAGAACUGGAAUGUAUAAAAACCAAGCUGCACCAAAAACAGCAAGCCAGUCACAGCAAACCAAAUCAACAACCGACCAAAGACAACUGGAGACCUUCUUCAUGACUCCUCCCCCCCACUCCCCCAGGGACACUACAACCUCAGCUUAUAGGUGCAGAGGAUGAGAAGUGCAGGGACGAGCAUGGCGGGGAGGGUGCCUUGUCUAUUAGCAUUGCUAUAGAAACGACCCAGGGGAGGAUGCUCCUGUGUGAUACCGUGGAUACAGAAUGCUGCUACCAGGACAUUCAGUGGAACAAACCAAAGUCUCGUGCAUACACACAGGAGAAAAAAUAUUAAAGGGAACAAUUUAUUGAAAGUUAUAUAUAUUAUAUAUAUAAAAGAAGACAGAAACCCUAAAUAAGCAAUCUUACUAUGAUGGUUAUUAUAAUUAUUACGAUAAAAUUAUUUCAUUUAUUUAUUUCAGCUCUGUGUGCAGCAGUCUUUCUCGACUCAGUAAACCCUACAGAAACAUUUCCUGUGUGUCACAGCCUCUUUAAACUGCUUCUUCACGUGCUCUCUUUUCUGUCAAAGAAUAUGUUGUAGAAAGAGAUUCAAGUUCGCCGAGCCUCCAGAUGUGCUCGGCUGGCUUCAAAGCCCAAUACGUUGAUAGACAAAAAUGAUUUGUCAUGUACCAAGCAACAGUUACCAACCGUUGCUUGUUCCAGCUACUGUGAUCUGAGGGUUUGAUUGUUUGCUCUGUUUUAUAUCACUCUAAAUUGAAUAUCUUUGGGUUUUAGACUGUUGGGUGAACAAAACAAGCCAAGAAAUUUCCCUGGGCUCAAAGAAAUAGUGAGACGCAGUAGGGUUGGGCGAUAUCAUGAGAUAUACCUAGAUACAGUACACAUUUGUCAAUCAUCAGAGAUUGUGCAAUACAUUAUAUACCAAGAUAUUUAUCGCUUUAAUAUAUAUGGUUGUAUUAGAUCAUUGUUGGCAAUAUCGCAAUCAAUCAGUGUGCAACUCUAAUGAAUUGUAAUAUUGAGUUUGAGGGACUUUUGCAUCAAUGUACCUUAAUUUGUCACGUAUUCAGUUCACUGGAUUAACCAAAACCAAACAUUGCCCCUUUUUAAUUGAUCCAUACAACUUCUCACAUGAAUUUACAAUAUUUUAUAUAGAAUUGCUUCUAUUGUGAUAUAUUGUAUCUAUAUCGCCCACUCCUAAUAGGAUUUGUUAUUCUAUUGGCAUUAUAUAGAUGACAAGAUUAAUUGUAAAAAAAUACAGUUUUUUUUUAGAAAACUACAUAACUAAUAUUCUCUGAGCAAGUAUCAAGGGCCAAUAGCAGCCAGUCACUGCAAAGCUAUCAAAUUCUGCAUUUCCCACAACAAUUAAAAAGUUAUUCGCCGACUUCAGCGCUUUAAAAUGAAAUCAACAGAUUUCUAAUAGAUGCAAGGGGCAAGAACAUAAAGGCAGGAGAAGAGCAGGUUCUGUAGUUCACAUAGUUCCUGUCAGUAUAGGUUGAAGUCACUGAAGCUCGAAACUCAGACAUUUGCUUUAAAAAAAUACAAAUCUAAGAUGGACCCGCCUCACUCGGGAACCGCUUGAAACUGCUGAGCACUGACUGUUCAAAAUCAAUAGUGACCUCCACAUUUUUGCCAUAAUUACACAACAUGAAGGCUCAGACAGAACAGUGGAAGGGAAACAUGCAGUAGUGAGUGAGAGUUUUGUUGCUGCUUCUCGUCUCCUCUAUCCUGCUCUUAUCCCCCCCAUGCCUCCCCUUCCUUCCCUAUCCUAGCAGGAGGUCAUUGAAGAGAUGUCGCUGCCAAAUGACCCAAUCAUGCCGGCAGACACAAACAGCUGACUCAGGGGGGAAAAGGGUUGUACCAGAGGAAUCCUAUUGCAAGGCAGCAGGAAUCUGUGCUGGAGGGGGUGGUACAAGGGGGAGACAGUGGGGUGGAAGGGAAACAGGGGGUUGGGGUGGGAUAAAGAAGAGUGAGUAGGGGGUGGUGGGGUGAGUUGUUCAUUUCUGGAACGUUGCUCUAGUUCCACUCGGGAAUGAUGGAAAUAUUCCGCAUAGCCAAACCCAGAGUGGAAGGUGUAUGGUAAUCAUGUCGGGGAAGGAAUGCCAAAUAUGUGCGUGAGAAAGGAGCUGUGACCUGAGAGCUGCAGGAAUUAUGGGCCAAAAUCCCACAGACCCAGAGGAAGCACACACACCCAUAUCCAAGUCAUGCACACAUCAUAUACUAACGGUGCUCCACCAAGCACAAAUCCAUCCCACAUAACUUAUUCCCAGAAUUUAAAACAUUCUGCUCUACUAAACUAAACCCAGAAAUUUUGGAAACCAACUCCCCUCCCUCUACUAGUCGAGAGAAUACACACUACAAUAACCAUACCGACGCAUGAUAGAGCUCAAUUACACAAGCCAGAUCUUUGCUAUAAAGCCCCGACUUUAAGCAUCUCACAUGCACAUUCCUCCUUCACAGUUACAGUAUUUACAAGACUGAGUAUGUGAUCUACUGUAACAGGUUGUUUAGACUCUAAACUAGGCUACCCAGCAGUCAGAGCCCAAGUCUCCAAAACAGAUCACACCGUGGGAGAUUGCUGAGUUUAUACUCCCACCUGGUGGCCAUCCUUGAUACACUGUCAUCCCACAAUGGUUUAACCAACAUUUGUCUAUCUUAAAUGACUUCAUGUCAAAAUUGUAAAACAAAAAAAAAGUAACAAUUAUGAAAAUAUUGGAAAGUCUUACUAACGGAUACCGAGAACCAAAUGAAU